AUAAUAAAAUUGCAUAAAAUCUACGGCCCAGUGAUUACCGUAUGGAUAGGACCUUUCCCAUUUGUGUUUAUUGGUGACCCUGAUUUGGCCAGGGAGGCAUUCGGCAAAUGGGAAUUAGCUGGUCGACCGGAGUCACAGAUUGGCAAUAUUGAAAUAUGCAAAAAGUUUGACGAACAGAAUUUACAAAAGUUUAAAUAUUGUUCAACUGAUUUCUUAGAGGAGCAAGGAAACCGAAUAUAUUUACAUGAAUUCAUACCUGUUUUGCGUUUAUUUAUGAAAAAUCCUUUGGAUUUAUUCAAAGGAUAUUUCAAAGAAAUGAUAGACUACACGAAAAAUAUAUACAAAAAACAUGAGAAUACAUACGAUAAGGACAUAAACCGAGACUUUUGUGAUGUACUCAUUGCUACUAAACUGGACGCCAGUAAUAAAGACAGGGAGUCGGCCCAGUAUUAUACGGAUGAAAAUCUAACCUCGGUUAUGGUCGAAUUGUUUUUAACUGCAGUAGAAACAUCAAGCACCACAUUUCAAUGGAUGAUAUUAUUAAUGGCACAUUACCCGGGUAUUCAACAAAAGUUACGCGAUGAUAUUUCUGGAAAACUUAAUGAUCGUAUUGCGACAAUAAGUGACAAAGGUCAUUUGGAUAAUGUGAUGGCGUUUAUAUACGAGACAUUACGGUAUAGAAAUGCCGCACCAUUGGGCCUAUUUCAUUGCGCUAUACAAUCAACCAGAUUAAGUGACAAAUAUUCUAUUCCAGAGAAAACAUGUGUAAUAGGUCAUCAAGGGUAUAUUUUAACAGAUGAAAAACACUGGACAAAUGCUGAUGAAUUUAACCCUGAGCGUUUUUUAAAUAUUCAUGGAAAAUUUGAUACACUUAAACCGCCGGCAUAUAUACCAUUUGGUACUGGACGUCGCAUUUGCCCUGGUGAACAACUAGCAAUAAAUAACCUGUUUUUAAUCCUGAUGCUGAUCCAGAAACAA